GAUUUCAGAAGCACCGACGCAAAACCAAAACCCCACCUUCGUCUACCUCGGUUCCUCCCCCACCGCCGGCGGAGCCCAAGAUGGCGGCGCCCAUCGAUGUCCUCGACAACGACGACCUCCGCGACAUCCUCCGCCGUCUCCCCGCGGCCGACCUCCUCCGUGCCGCCCUCGCCUGCCACCGCUGGCGCCGCGUGGCCUCCCGUUGCUGCCCCCGCGCAGCCCCGCUCCUCGGCUACUUCUUCCACCCCACCAAGGACUCCGAUCGAACCUGCUACGACGCCGUGUUCGACCCCCUCGACGCCUCCGUCCCGCGCCUCUCCCUCGACUUCGCCCCGGACGCCUCCAACUUCCAGCUCUACGACUCCCACCAAGGCCUCCUCCUCCUCGAACCGGCCGUCAACCUCCCCAAGGGCAUCCUCCCCCGCUUCCUCGUCCUCGACCCGGCCACCCGCCGCCGCGUGCUCCUCCCGCCGCCCCCGCGCGACACGGUGCCCGACGACCGCAUUUGGCGCACCUCCAGGUACUACAUCGGCUCCGCGCUCCUCUCCCGCGCGCACCCCAGCAAGCUCUGCUUCGAGGCCAUCUGCUUCGCCAUCGACGACGGGCACCCGCGCGCCUGGGUCGCGUCCGUCGACGACGGCGACUGCCACUGGCGCGCGCUCCCGCGGGACGAGGAUCUCCUGGUCGAAUUUGACCCCUGGCUGUUCGAGAAGCGCGGCGUGCACGCCGCCGGGAAGAUCUACUGGCACAUCUGCAACUCCUGGCGCGUGCUCGUGCUGGACCCGUCCACGCUCAAGUUCUCCUACCUGCGGGCGCCGGACGCGCUGGGCUGUGCCAAGUACCGCGUCGGGGAGACGCCGGAGGAUGGGCGGCUCUGCAUCGUGACCGACGCCGAGAGUCAGCUGCAGCUCUGGGUGCGCGGGCAGACCAGGUGGAGCGACAGGGGCUGGCUUCUCGAGAGGAAAAUCGUCGACUUGCGCGUGCUCUGCGACAUGAUGCCUGGCCUGCCCAAUCACCCCAUGUUCAGGACCCUCAGCGUCUGGCCCAGCGACAUGGACGCCGCCCGCUCCGGCAAGGUUUUCAUCAGAACCAUGGGGUACGGCCGCUUCUCCUUCCAUCUCGGUACGGGCAAGCUCCAGCGUCUGUCCACGGAAACCGGCAUGGAUUACGGACACCCCAUCUUCGCCUACUUUCUCGCAUGGCCGCCCGCCUUCCUUGCUCCCGAUCAGUACUGAAUCCAGUUACUACUACUUGGUGGUGACUUGCGCGGCAUUGGCGUAACUUUGUUUGAAGUCCGCUUGCAUGCAUCCUCCAUUUCUAAUUCUAGUCACUACUUAUGUGCUGCCAUCUCCCUUUCAAACUGCACGCCGAGAAGCUCUGAGCAUUCAGUGGUGUGUGCAGUAUGAGACUAUCUAUGCAGUUUAUUGAUGCUAUGUUAUCCAAGCAUCCUUUGGACAAGAUGAUAUUUGGCAAGAUGUACUAUCAAAUUGUGCUGAAUUUGGACGAGCCAUGGUUUUCCUCUUAUUCAGUACUAAAAGUUAUCUUAUUUUGAAUCUAGUGUUGUUCUGUCGGUAA